GUCUUUGUCUUGCAUGCACUUGAGCAGCCUGGACGAGAGCGUGGGCGAGGCCUCGGGCUGCGACUCGUACGGCGGCUACGAGGGCGUCGAGCACCUCAAGCGCCACUCCCUCAGCCACCUGAGAGCAGCCAGCUGCGACUCGCUCUCCUGUGGGUGCAAGGGAGUGGGCGCGGGGUCCGGCGCGGGCGGGUUCGGUGCUAGGGGCUUUGGUGGCGGGAACAGGAGGCGGGUUGCCGCGCUCGGAGUAAACGGUAGACUUAACACUUGGAAUGCCUCGUGCUACGGCGCUUCCUCGUGUUACGGUGGUGGAAUUAGAAACGGGAUUGGUGGUGGUGGUGGUGGUGGUAGUUGUGGUGGUGAUGGUGAUACCUUUGGUGAUGUGACGGACGACAGUUUUAUAUUCAUUGAGAAACCUCCACUGAAGUACCAUGCAGUGUCAUGUGACGUUUUACGGGAAGAUGGUAAAGAUACGCGAGUCACGGCUUCCGGCUUGGGGAAAGAGAAGUAUCUGCCUCCGAUCGGCGAGCGGAAGACGUGGCAUGAGGACGAGGCCUUCGUAAAACAGGUGGUGGAGGAGUACUUCAAGGACCCUCCUCCCCUCUCGGAUUCCGAGGGGAAAAAUGCGGAGGGUAAGGGUGACGGGUCACAUGGAAGUCGCGAGAGGCUUUCCGGCGAGGCGGACAGUUGUAAAGAUUUGUCCACUUCAUCGUCAUCGUAUUCGUCGUCGUCGUCGUCGUCGUCGUCGUCGUCGUCGUCGUCGUCGUCAUCAUCAUCAUCUUCAUCCAGUGAAAGUGAUGACUGUGGAGACGGUGGGUCACAGGGCGGUGCCGGCGACUGUGGCAGCCCCAGCAUAGACGACACCACGUACUGCGACGACUCUGACGAGACGACCUCGUGGUUCACGGACGACUCCCUGGGCUACGAGGCUGACGUGGAGCCCAGUGACAAGGACACUCUGGGGCACGUGUGGCGCCGGUGGAGGAGCGCGCCAGACGUACGACCCAACAGUGACGUCAGGGGUAGGUGGCUUCCCGCGGGCAGGGGCGCAUCCGCGGCCAAGAAAGGCGUCGCAGACACCCGCACGCGCGGAGGUGGAGGUGAUGCGAGCAGCGGAGAGCGGGCGUGGCGGCGGCGGGGCAAUGGUGGCGGUGUAGGGGCGGCAGGAGGGGCGGAGGGGGGCGCUAGCGCUACUCCAUAUAAACACGUGCCAGUAUGUGGGUACCAGACCCGUAAGUCGUGCAGCGUCGACGAGACCAAGUUGUCACGCCUCAGGCUGGGACUGAGGAAGGUGAAGAAGCACAAACUCCUGCAGUUUAGUCACGACGACGCCGAGAGGAGGCCGAGGACCGCGCGCGUCGCCUCCAACAGGAAGACCGACGAGAGUGAGCGAGAUGUCAGUGACGUUUUGGGCAGUGCCUCGGCCCUCACGCCGCACAGCGAAGAGACGGAGGAAGAUCUCUUCCAGGGCGUCGAGAAGCUAGAGUUCGUGAAUGGUAAAUUCUCGGCUGGCACAGACAAGCCAGGGUGCAGCGGGUUGGUGUGUGAGUGUGUUCGGAGGGGGCUACAGACUGUGGGCGCGAGCGAAAGCAGCAGGGGUGGGCGUGGUACGAGUGUAGAGGCGGGCAGUGUAGAUGACAGCACCACAGAGAGAACGCAGCGGGUGCUCUCGCAGGGCCUGGUGAUCCACCAUUCCGCUAACACUGAGGCGGACAUACUCAAUGGAAGUCUCAUAAGGAACGCUCUUAGUAUACUUAGAGAGGAACAAAAGUUGCAGACCCUGCCAGAUCCAGCCCCUACGCCCCCGGGUGAGGGCACAAGUGAGGUGAGUGAGGGGAAGGGGGCGGCGACCGUGGCCCCGGCACCAGAACAAAGCCCCCCCGAGGACGCCUGCACAAAGGCACCGCAAGAACAGACGGAAGAUGUGGCUAGUAGUGCAGUGCCCCUCCAGGACGAAAUGAACAAGGUGAACAUCACCAUCCACCUCACCCCACCGCUCCCCCGGAGGACAGGUGAAGAGAGCGGGCUAGGGGGUGCUUCCACCCAGCCUCAUGCUGACCAGCACCAAACGCUCCCCAGUGUGGCGGGCACUGGUCAGCAUGUGUCUAGAAUAACGCAGUGUGUUCCAGUGAGUGAAGCAUCGAGAGUGACCGAGUUUGAGCAGAAGGGCGGGAACUCAAAAGGUGAUCAGCAUCGUCACUAUGAGAACGUGGACGGCUUCGGCGUGCGGGGGGACGACGGGGCCGCAGCCGACAGUGGCAAUGCUGAGGCAAGGGGUGUUUGCCACAGCAGGUCGAGUGUCACCCAGAGUCGUGGCCCCUCCGAGGCUGCCAGGCGCUCCACCAGUGUGGAUUCCCUUUUGAUAAAUUGUCGUUAUCCUGAGACACCUGAGUCGAGGACCAGCUCCUUGUCGUCCUCGAGCGGCCAAAGCAGUUGUUGUCACGGAAGGUCGAGGUGCAGGACAAAGGGGAACAAGAGCCAGCCACACACUCCCAGUCAAGGGCACCGUCACCCCAGCGCCCCGAGAGAGAGCUCCGGCACCACAAGUUCCGCCUCGAGUAAGGUUUUCGGUGCAGAGUUCCACGUACAUCGGGUUCAGGUAGGCACGGGAAAUGACCGCAAGUUCGCGCAGGCGACCCAACGGUCUGUGCUGGAGGUCCCUGUGAGUGGUACAGAGGAGGGACAGGUAGCUGCAGGAGGGCGAGGCAGAGACGCAAACCUUCAGAAGAGCGAACUUGUUCUCGAGCCGCCGAAAUCGCUGGGGACACACCCUGGCUCCUCCCCCCGCCACCCCACCUUCUUGACUGCAACCUUCCCAACCUCCAAGACAUGCAUAUCGGAGUACAACAUCGGGGACACUAAGCCACAAUCGCCAGCAAACACUCCCGGCUUAUUCUGCGAGGAGAUGAAGCAAUCUGUAAACAAGACCAAGAAUAAUAAAGCAGUAGGAGUAUCCAAAGAAGAACACGCAGAGAAAAAAUCGGUCAAAAGUGACUCUAAGAGCAAAUCUAAGUCUAAGCCUCGAAAAUACUUCUCCGGUAUUUUGAAUGCUUUUGGUUCCGCCGCGCCCCGAUUUAGAGGCGCGGGAUCAUCAUCAGAUGCCAAGGGAGAGAGCAAGGAGCGGAGUCAGAGCAAGAAGGUUGUGGCAGACGGUGAGGGUGGUCGCGUUGUCCCGCCCCAGAGCACACAGACAUCUGAUCUGACAGCCGCCGCCGCGGGUCGUACUCCAAGUGUGUUGUCGGAUGCAGGCUCCUCCGAUAGGACCUGUGACGUGGCAGCCAAGGGUAGUGCUCUGUGUAACAAAGCCGGUGCGCCGGAGUCUAUAAGCGAAGCAUUACAGGUAAGGGAGACUAAACAUAGUAGCCUUGGUGCCUCAGAAUACCGUCAUCGUAGUGACGUCGCCCCGAUACCCAGUCCGCGGCCACGACGCAACCGCAAGAAUAGUCAUGACUCAGCAGACAGCGUCGCGCCCACACCACCCACCCGCCGCAGAAAUCCUGGGGAACACACCAGCAAACCAGCUGUAGAUGGUAGCAGUAAGGAGUUGGAGAAUCUCGAGAGUCCCCGCACGAGCCCGCGAGUGCGCCGUGGACGGGAGCCAAGGGAGCCAACCACCCCGUCAGCGGAGAAGAACUUCCGGCGCCAGCUGCCCACACCCGCACCGCAGCCUGGCCUCAUUAACACACCUGGGACGCCACCCGCCCACACGGCUCUCCAAGCCUCUUACGAAAAUAUUUCUUUCCACGAGAGACAUUCUUUCAGCAAGCGGGAUGUACCUGUAGGAACGCAGAGGCGUGAUUCUGGGGAGAAGGCGGGCGGGGGGACGCGCCAAGAGACAUGUCCUUCGUUCUCCUCCAGGUCCUCGAGAGCAGCGGACACGCCUCGCACCACCAAAUCACACAGGAGUUCUAGGUCAAGUAAAAACUAUACCUGUUCUGGCGGUUCGAAUAAUGGGACGGCGGGGGGGAGCAACGUAGCGGCAGAGCAGAAGAACCAAGCCAAUGAGGGCAGUGGGAAGGCAGAGGGCGCCCCGCGAGACGGUGCCAGUGCUCCCGCAGGUGGAGCGACAGGGACAGGCGGAGGAGGAGGUCGAGUAGAAUGGUUUCCCCGCGGUGGGUCGAGUGGGGGAUCAGGAACGAGUGAUACAACACCGUCUUGGCGACGCCGGCGAUCGCGCCCCCCUACUCUGCCCACGACACCACCACAGACCUCCCGAGUUCGCAGAUCCUCCCAGUCGUCGGCCACGUCGGGUGGGUCACUGACCUCGUCACCAGCUCGAUGGAGGCGCCCCCAGGCUGAAGAUACAUGGGAGGGGACCAGCGACGAGGGCGGAAGAGAAAGCAGCCACUCGAGGUCCCCGUCUUCUGGGUCUGUAGCCUCAGAGUCCACUUCGUUUUACUACAGUGCGGUAGGGUCCACCAUGUACGAGCGUCCGAAGUCGCUGUUCGAGGAUGACACGGCCAGGUACUCCUUUGUGACGUGUCCUCAGUACGAGCCUGUGCAGUCGGGAGACGUGGAAAGUAGUUUUACAGUCCCUGUGCCGGAUACCUCGUCCAACAACAACCUUCCGAGAACCAUCAGUGGCGACCUUAACUGUGACAUUGACAUCAGUCUGACCGAGGGGGAGAUAAAGGUCCGUGUAAGGACAGAGGAUGAAGAUGUGGUUUCGUCCACUCCUAUACAAGACGACGACGACGACGACGACGACGACGACGACGGCGACGACGACGACGGCGACGACGGAGCUGAGGUGGAGACCGACAGCGACGAUUACGAGUUGUCCAGCGAAGAACAAGCGCAGGAGGACCAAAGGGAGGGUGGUGGCAUUGGAGGCGAGGGUGAGGUGAUAAGAAACAGCGGCGUGGUUCAUGCCGUUCCUUGCGUAGCUGUCACGGACUCUUCGAACAGAUCGAGCCUUUCCAGCUCUUACGGAAAGCCAACAUUCCGCGGGAAGUACCUGGACUCCCUCGGGCGUCGCGAGGUGGGGAAGAGGGAGAGUGGCCUCGUCCACGCCUCCCCGUGCUGGGCCACGACGGACUCCGACGUCAGGUCCAGCGUCUCAAGCACAGAUUUCUAUAGCAAGGUCUGCAUAAAGCCUACGCACACGCAGCGAACAUACGAACCGCAGUACGUGAACGUGCAAUCGACGGAGGAGGCGGCAGCUGUCGACGAUGCAGCGUCGGAUUCUUCUCAGCCGGAGAAACGGAGGCUCUCCGGAGUGUGGUCAAUCGACGGGGACACGGACCGCGAAAGUGACCCCGAAGAUACACAAAGUUUCACGAAUGAAAUAUCUCGAGAGGACUUGCAAAGAAAGGUGGAAGACAUCAGCUUAGACGAAGGUAAGGAAGACGCGAGUCGCAUGACCGAAUCCUUCGCCAGCAGUCACCACGGUGAGGAGUGCUAUGCAACCGAGGAAGUCGAAUACGGCCCGGAAGAGGCGGUCUUGCUGAUCGAUUCUUCUAGUCCUCCUCACGAGCAGCCUUUCCUAACCGAGCACGAGGUGGCAGACCGACCUCCUGACGGCUUCAACGAGGCCAACCUGGGCGAUGCGUGGGACCAAAACGCGCGGGCAUGGGAGUGGCACAAGUCCGUAUGGGAGCACCAUCAACACAUCCAUCAGCAGCACCUGCAUCACCACUUCCACCACCAUCACCAGCACCAGUCGCUGUUGUCAGACGUCAUGUCGUGCCUCGGUGGCGGCUGGGGCAUGUCGGCGCCGUCGUGGUGCCACCACCCGUACCCCGAAGCAAAACCGGGAUGCCAGGACAGGAAGUCAGACGGGCGCCUGCAGGAGAGCCCCACUCCAGACUGCAGGUGGUCAGGGCACUUUGACGACCCCCCUUACCAGCCUGCCCCAGGGAAGCCUCCCCCCUCCCCGUUGCCUCCUUCAGGAACGCAGAAGAGCCGCGACACGUCCUCGCAGCCUCGAGAAGGUUCACGCUCACAGACCCGCCAGAGGUCGAGGUCACGACGUCGCGCGCACUCGGCCAAUGCGAAGUACCGAGUAGAGCUGGAGAUCCCUCCACACUUGCUGUCACGGCCGCGCCCCUUGUCUUUCACGAACCUGGUCACCAGAAGACCCGGCAGCCAAUCCCCUGAACCCCUCGAAGACGACUUGGGUCAAGAGACUCUCCUGUACCUCUCGGGCGCAGCCACCGGGAACACCGCAGAGGCGAACCGACGCCGGUUGGCAGAGCGAAGAAAGGACGAGGGCAAUGAGCAGUACAAGGCCAAGGAGUACCGCGAGGCUCUCAAACUCUACACGCAAGCUAUUGAGCUAUGUCCAGAUUGUGCAGCGUAUUACAGCAACCGGUCAGCAUGUUACAUGAUGCUUGGCAAGUACAAUGAGGCCCUCAAUGAUGCCAGAGAGGCUGUGCGAUUAGACAAAAAUUUUGUCAAGGGGUACGUUCGCGUUGCAAAAUGCAACAUUGCCCUCGGGGAUGCUAACGCAGCUCUGUCGGUGCUGCGUCAGGCAGGAGAGCUCGAGCCCAACAACAAAGCAAUCCGUGACGAAAUCAACAAUGCUCAGGCCCUUAUCCGCUGCAAUGAUGAAAUUGAGAAAGCAACCACAAAGGGUGAUUACAGGACGGCCAUUUUCCACUUGGAUCGAGCACUGGAUCUAGCUGUUGGGUGUCGAAGCCUUAAGAUCACAAAAGGAGAAUAUCUGGUGUUCCUUCAACGAUAUGCCGAUGCUCAGGAGAUAGUCAAUGAAAUUCUCCAAUACGAUAGUGGUAAUGCUGAUGCUAUCUACGUUAGAGGAAUGUGUCUUUACUACCAGGACAAUGCAGAGGCAGCUUUUAAUCAUUUCCAGCAUGUUCUGCGGUUAGCGCCUGAUCAUCAAAAGGCUCGUGAAAUUUACAAGAAAGCAAAACAACUUAAAUUGAAAAAGGAAGAAGGCAACGAGGCUUUCAAGAGAGGAAACUUCCAGGAAGCUUUCACUCUUUACACAGAAGCCCUUGCCAUUGACCCCCUCAACAAACACACAAAUGCCAAGCUGUACUUCAAUCGUGCCACAGUGGGAUCUAAGCUGAACAAACUCGAAGAAGCCAUCGAGGAUUGCACAGCAGCAAUAAACCUAGAUGAAGGUUACAUAAAAGCCUACCUCCGACGUGCCAAGUGUUACCAGUCAUUAGAGAAACACGAAGAAGCUGUCAGGGAUUAUGAAAAAGUUGCAAAAUUAGAUCGUAGCCAAGAACAUAAACGGUUACUACAUGAAGCCAAGAUUCAGUUGAAGAGGUCGAAGAGGAAAGAUUACUACAAGAUUCUUGGAGUCAACAAGAAUGCCUCAGAUGACGAGAUUAAAAAAUCAUACCGAAAAAUGGCAUUGGUACAUCAUCCAGAUCGCCAUGCUAAUGCAACUGACAAAGACAAGAGAGAACAUGAAAUCAAGUUCAAGGAGAUUGGUGAAGCUUAUUCGGUGUUAACUGAUGCAAAGAAGCGAGCCCUGUACGACCGAGGACAUGAUGUCAAUGAUCCUGAUGGUGGUUUUGGACAUGAUGCGGAUAUCGAUCCAAACCAGAUUUUCCAAGCCUUCUUCGGAGGUGGUCAUGGAGGCUUCAGCUUUGGUGGCCAACAUGCAGGCUUCCAGCAGGGAGGUGGCUUCCCAGGAGGUGGCUUUAACAACGGCAGCUUCCCUGGAGGUUUCCACUUUCAAUUUGGCUAAGCUGUGCGGCCAAGUGCCAGAGACAGGAGUGGAAGCAGGUGGCAUAGUGAUUAUCAAGAACAACUUUAAUAAAAAGCAAAGCUGUUCUGAUUUUGUGUAUAGGAGAGGUUGAUUCAUAUUUUCCCUCCUACAGUCUCUGUUAUGUGGUAAUCUUCCAGUAAAAUUGAUUAAGGGAAAGCUUAGAAACAAGUAAAUAGAACUAGAAUCAGAUUUUUGUUCUAUAUUUAUUUGAAUUUAGUUUUAUUUUCACUGCAGUUAUUUUAUAAUUAUUAAUCUUAUUAUCAAUGUUAUUAUUAUUGUUUCAGAAAAAUGAAAGAUUAAUAUCAGUCGAUAUUAUAAAGAAUUCUUAAAAAAAAAAAAAAAAAAGCAGUAAAGAGGUUUUAUUUUGCAUGUUUUUUAACAGUACACUCACUUAAAAUAAAAACGUGCAUUGUUAAACAUCUUUUAUUCUCAUUUUGUGGAGGCAAGAGUUUGAAAAGGUAUGACAUAUUCAUGACUGACACACUUGAGUCAUACAAGAUACUCAUAACCAAUUGUAUUUAUUUUUGUUGUCCAUCUCCAUUUGUAAUAAAACUCAGCUAUUCAUUUGCCUCAUUAUGUACUGAGAGGCAGUGGUCCCAUUUGUCUCUGAAAUUGCUGAUGACACUGACUGUUUGUCAGAAUAGUAUGUGUAUAUUUUUUGGCAUAUUUAAAGAUUCAACAUUGAAAGUUUUGUAUUUUGUUAUCUUUGCCAUUGCUAUCAACCAUCGGAGGUACAGUCCCGGUAAGCGAAAGUGUGACCAACUUGUACAGAGUUGAAACUAUCAGUUUCUGUGCGAGUUAACAAGUGUAUAAAAACCACAGUGUGAUGGUAUGAAUAUGAUCGUCUCUAGAUCACUCAUCUUUGAUUUUGAUGCUGAUUACAAUGCUCAUAAAUCAGCUUCAAAGUGCAAGUGAGGGUAAUAUCAGUAAUUUGAGCUACACUACCAUUAUCAUCUGUGGUACAAGAGUGUCCUCCUUUUAUACUGUGUUGUGCAUUCCUGUGUCAGAUUUGUAUCUCAUGUUUUAUAGAAAGAUUUUUGAAGUAAGUUUUGUCUGGAUUUAUGUAUCAUCUUUGUGUGUGUAUAUAUAUAUUAUUUUGUGCUUAUAUCUUUUAGGUCACUUAAAGAUAAAGGCUGAAAUUUUUCAAUAAGGAUUUCUUAUACAGUGAGUGGGGCAAAUGUGUUUUAUAUUUUCGGUAUCAAGUAAAUUGUGUGGAUGGCACCCCUCUUUCUGUUCACUCAGAAAAUUCUAAGACAACUGCAAAUCUGUAUUAGUACAUAUUGGAACAUACUGAUGAUUUUGUUUGUCCAGCCCUUGCUAAAAGGAAUACUGUCAUAACCAGACAAACCAUGAGUGCACCCCACAAAACUACCUUCUCAAAUAGUGUAGUAGGCAAGAAGACAGAACACUAUAGACUGGUUUCUACUGUGUGCUUCAUACCCUUUUUAUAGCAAAACAAUCUUAAGAAUUUAGAAUUUUGGCUAUUGUUUGUGCGUCAUUGGCCAUGUCAAUAUAUAUGCAUUGUUCUGCUUAGUUCAAUUACAUGAUGCCAUUGUCUGCAGAGCUAUUUCUGACAGACAAAAUAGUCAACACAUGACAGGUUCCAAACUAGAGUUUAUGCUAGAUUCACCCUCUUUUCACUCUAUUUAUUACCUUUUGUUUUGUUAUGAUUUUAAAUAUUCCUGACUCUUUACUGAAGAAAAUAAUGCUGUGAGAAUAUUGGUGCACCUGAAAAAACUUGUUAAUUAGUAGAUGUAGAAAUUUUGUAUUUAGAACCAAAAGCUGGUAGAUAAGUAAAUCUGUUUUCUUAUGUUUAAUAAAUUAUGCCCCUUACCUCUGUUACCUAAGCACAGUUACCAUUAAUGAAAUGUAUAUUAUUACUUGGUAAAUGAAGGAAUAAAAAGAAAAUAUUUAUGGUUUCAGCUGUCUUUUUAUUUUGUGAAGAAUGGGUAAUAUUUUGUAGUAAUGUAUCGAGAAAAUAUGGACUAUAGAAAUUGGGGUUGUGGAAGGCUUUUAUUAGUUUUCUUUAUGUCUCAUUGUCAUGGCACGAGAUAUUGUAAAACUGAAUCUUGUCACUUUCUGUAUAUCUUUGAAAGGAGAACUCUUGUAUGUAUUACAAUACAUUCAAAUAAAAAUUACAGUUAAAA